UUACUGGAACCUCAUUACCUUGGUAACCUCAGUUGUCUCUUGUUCAUCAAUAUAAAUAUUUAUAUCGUUGCUUAUUUAUCACAAUUCCACUGACAGUGUCUUAUAUAUUUAUUGUUAUAAAUUAAAAUUAAUAAUUUAAAAUGCCAUCACGAGCAGAAGACAUUUUAAAAGGAUUUCAAGUAAAUUGGAUGAAUUUACGAGAUGCGGAUACGGGAAAAGUUUUAUGGCAAGGAAAUGAGGACAUAUCGGUACCUGAUGUGGAACACGAGGCGCGCGUACCUAAAAGAAUACUAAAAUCCCGCGCGGUUUCAAGGGAAAUAAAUUUCAGUUCGAUUGAGCCGCUGGAAAGGUUCAGGUUGGAACAGAAGGUUUUAUUCAAAGGACGUUGUCUGGAGGAAUGGCUCUUCGAAUUCGGCUUAGUCAUACCUCAGAGUACCAACACGUGGCAGAGUUUAAUGCAAGCGGCUCCAGAAAGUCAGAUGAUGCCGGCGAAUGUUCUUAAUGGGAACAUCGUAAUCGAGACGAAAUUCUUUGAUGACAACUUGCUAGUAUCGACAAGCCGAAUGCGCCUUUUUUACGUUUAAAGUACAAAGAAAAAACAAAUUAAUAUAUCAAACUAUUCCAUUAAUUUUUUAAAAAAAAAUUAAUAAUCGAUAUUAAAAUUAAUUUAUAAGUAGUUAAUUAAGGAUAGCCACUGUGAGGAUCGAAAAAAUAAGUGUUUUUCAGGAAUUUUUUUUGACUGGGAUAGUAAAGGAAUUUGGGGAUCGGGGUUUUGUUUUUGUUUUAUAAAGUAUACAUUGAAGAUAAUUCUCCUAAAUUUUUAUUAAAAAAUAUCAUGCUAUUAUAAUGAUAUACACAUUUUUGUGGAGCACCACAAAAAUUUCCCCCACCACGGUGUCAUCUCUAACUCAAAAACGGAUUAUCUGAAACAAAAAAACCAAGUCGCGCUGUAAUCUCUAUGCAUAAAAAAAAAUUGUUAAUCGGUUCAUAUUUAUGUAAAUUAUAGAUGCCACCAGUUCAAAAAAAGUAGUUUUUUUUAACUUUGAUUUAAUAAAGAAAAAAAAUUUUUUUUCUUAAAUUUCACAGUGGCUAUCAUCCCCCUUAAGAUGAGUUAAUUCAUUACUCUUUUCUGUGUAUGUACGAUACAAUUACAUAUUGUAUACUCAUGUAAAAAGUAUGAUUUCUAUUCACGCAUCUUAAUUAUGUGAUUGCAUUUAUGUAUAUUUUUAUUCUAUUUAUUUAUUAACUGAUAAAUAAUCUUACAUUUAAUUAAUAAGUAAACAAACAGAACAACAGUAUUAUAAUGUUAAUAAUUACUGUAAAUCGAGGACCAGUUUAUAAUAUAAUAUAUAUAUUUACGAGUGAUAUAUUUUUAGUUUUGUGCAUAUCAACAUUAUUUUUACCUUUGUUUUAUUUAAAGCAAUUAUAAUAAAAUUAUAAUGAUAAUACAAAUGUUAAAUAAAUAAAUUUUCAAUUAUUUAUGCCUAUAUAUUAUUGUUCUCAUAUAUUAUUAUAAUUUUUUUUAACCACCGAAUUUAUGCUUUGUAAAAAAAUUUGGCAAUUAUUUGUAAGUUUGUCUGCACACAUUUUUAAAAAUUGAUUAAAACAUGAAAUUUUUUAUCUUUAAAAUUUUACAAAAUUAAUUUUUUUUAAUACACUUGUCAAGAGUGGGUAAAAUAUUAUUAAAAAAAUACAAACAAACACUAACUGAAAAACUCCAGACUCAGGUCACCCAAUUAGCCUAUCUAGAGUCCACUGCAAUUUUUGUAUAAUGGAUAGAUAAUAAUUCAACAAUCAUUGAAAUAUUUACUGAUAAAAUUUAUUAUCAAAUUAUAAAUACAAAGCCAUACAUAAAGAUAAUAAUAAUCAACAAAUCUCAAUAAAGACUCGUUGCAUAAAAACAAAUCUUAUAGUCAUAUAUAUAUAUUUUAUCGAUUACAAAUAUCCAUUAACUAUUCAUUAUUUAUCACAAUAGAAAUUUUAAUAACAAUCCUAAUUUACUGGAAUAAUUAUACGGGUGUAUGUGUGCGUUUUAACAGUCAAUUAAUCUAAUAUAAAUGUCAAUGUAAAUGUAUUUAAUUGUUACUAUUUAAUAAAAUGUUUAUAAAUAAACAAUAGCUUACUUUUGAUAA